AUUUUCAGAGCAGUCUCGUCGAGUAGCGGACCCACAGCCAGAGAGGUGUGAGUGACAGUCACGACCAGAAGAAAAAGUGAAAAUUUUUUAGUGCAUUCGGAAAAUAUGCACUAAAUUGUGCAAUUUUUGAUCCCCAUUCAAGUGCGAAACCGUGUGCAAAAUGGUGCGAUAGCUUCGGCGUAGCGGGGCGUUUGAUUCGAUCGUGAAAUUGUGCGCAAUUCAAACGAGAAGAAGAUCCGCGGAGGAGUUUUCCCCUGGAAGCAAAGUGCAAAAAAAAGAGUAUCAUUGACCCCUUCCCCCCUUCGGUCGCUGGUCGUCGGCGCGUUACCAUUUUCCGUGUGUGUACAUCUUUUGUGGAGCCCCAGUCUGGUAGUAAGCCAGCCAGCAGCGGUUCAACGGGGUGAGGAAGAGGAGGAGGUGGUGCAGUAGGAGUUAUCCGCGGAGUCGCCGAUAGAGGAAACACGGACAAGCACAAAAAAGGGCAACAGGGCGAAAACAAUCCUAUAAACAGCAUCCGCUAGGCUUCGAUACCAAUCAUGGAUACAACAGAACCCGAUGCCCCGCAGGCAUCAACCUCUGGGGUAGUGAUGUCCCCUUCGACAUCUACCGGUGGUGGCCGGAAGCGUAAGCUGUCCACCGACGAAUGCACCAGUGAACAGCCGAACAUGAAGUUCCUCUCGGUAGAACUGUCCGAUAUCGAGCUCCAGGUAUCGCUGUUGGACCUCAGCGACGAAAUCCUAAUGGAAAUCUUCCUCAACCUGGACAGCAACAGCUUGGUCGCCUUGUCCGAGUGCUGCCUGCGGCUGAACAACUUGGUCAAGGACAAGAAGCUGUGGGUUUCGGCGGACUUUAGUUCAUCCCGAUUGGGUACCCAGGAGCUGCAACGAAAGAUCAAGCAUCUGCAGGCGGAAACCCGCUCGUUGAAGAUCCGGGGAUUGACCAGUUUGUAUCCGCUGGACAAGUGGAAAACUCCAACUUUGACGGCGAACCUGCUGAUGUGGAUCAACAAGUACUGCCCCCAGCUGGAGCACUUCGAAAUUAACGAGGGCUACUUCGACACCAACAAUAUGGCGAUCAUUUCCUUUCCGCCGAGCAUACGAACGUUAGUUUUUCGAAAAUGCGAAGCGGACCGAUCGAUGGCGUCCGAGAUCCGAAUGGGAUUCUUGUCGAAAAUUGAUAGAACUUUGCAAAAGUUGGAAGAACUUACAAUAGAAUACUGCAGUUGGUUCGAUACGCACGAUUUUAUGGCCCUAUCCAAGGUGCCACAUUUGCGCUACUUGAGCUUGCGGGGUUGUGCCAACAUGAAGGAUAGUGUCCCGUAUGCCAGCAUUGCAACCCGAUUUGGUUUUAAGAAAUUAGAGGUUCUAGAUCUCCGCGACACGCCCAUAUCGGAUUCCGACGUGAGCUGCUUCAACAUCGUUCAAUCGUUAAAGGAGCUUCUGCUGGAAUGUCCGGAGUACCUUCGGACCGAACGUGGUCUGAAUGAGUACAACGAGGCGGAACGACAGCGCGUGGAGCAGCUGCGACGAAUAGCCAAUCAGGACAUCAUAAACAUCCGGUACCAUCCGGGAGGCGAAGUGGUGGCCGCAAAUCAGCAGGACAAUGCUCAACCAGCGGCGGCAGCGGAGAAUGUCGCGGAACCGGUUCCACCACCGCGUCCACCACGGCCGCAUUUUCUCGGUGAAGGACGAAACGUUUUCCGUUUCGUCAACAGACAUUUCUUUCCAAACUUGCACGAAAAUGCAGGAGAGAAUCUGAUUCGCUUUAUAAAUCGGGCAGAGCUGGAUCCGGCCGCGGCCAAUGCAAAUCAGCCAGAUCAGCAGCAACAGCAACAACAACCAAACAACAAUAACGAUGCUGCAGUUCCUCCGGCAGGCAACGAAUACCCACCUGGGCAAGUCCCUCUUGUUGAUCCUCCACCGGAAAUCCGCCAACGUCACGUCCGAAUCGUGUACAACCGCCACAACAUCAUUAGGAUUGUUAAUCAUCCGGCGGAGCGGAACAACAACGUAGAAAACAACAACAAUGAUCAGCAACAGCAAGAGAACCAACAACCAAUAGGUCGUCUACCGGUCGAGGUAGCCUAUCAGCAAAUUUUCGAAGCGGGCAAUAGAGAUCGAGUCGAAAAUGGUCCAGUUGGGGGAGGAGCAGCUGCCCCACAAGCCGAGGGAGUUCCUCAAAGAGAAGCAAGACCAGGGGCAGCAGUAGUGGUGGUGGCAAAUGGUCCAGUAGCGGAAGACGAAGAAGCGAAUGUGAAUGCAAACGAGAACCAAAACGGGGAAAAUGGAGAACGGCCAGCUCCGGCAGCGGCACCAGCGGCGGCAGCAGAUGCACGAGAUCCGCCGCCACCGCAACCUCAGGAGGAUGUUAACGUGCGUGUCAUCCUGCACGGAGCCAUUCAGAACAACCAACCGAGGAUGAUGCCCCACGUGAUCAUCGUCAGAGGGGAGAACAACGCCGCAGGAGCAGGUGAGGCAGCCGAUAACAAUCAGCAACGACCGGCCAACGCAUUCUACCAGUAUCUUAACCUAGGUCCUGGCGCUCCCGGACCAAAUUACGUGUCGCUGGUCAGCGAUCGCGGCGUGUGCGCGUACGGUGUCUCCCGGCACGAACUGGGCGGAGCGGCCUUCAUCCGCGAGUACUUCCGGCCAAACAACACCAGCCUGGAGCGACUGUUUGUGCGGAACUACAAACUGGUCACCGAUACCUCGUUGGACCAUCUGGAAUCGGCCGCACCGCACCUGAAGCUGCUGGACGUCACUGGCACUUCGGUCACGGCCCAAGGCGUCCGGCGGUUCCACCUGGCUCGACCCAAUUGUACCAUACUUUCGGACUUUGAAUAGACUCUAGUGUGUUAACUUAGAUUAUAAAAAAAAAAACAUGGAGCAAGCAGCAGGGUAGGACUGUGCGUAAUUCGUUUUAGAGGAGACAAUUUAUAACGAUCUGGAGCCGAACAUUAUUUAAAAUUGAAUUUUAUGAACUAAGUUAUUGAAUUUGAUGACAGGAAGUGAAAUUUCCCGCAAGAAUGACUCGAUUCAAAAUUUAUUUCCUAAGCAAACUACAAAUCAUUUUAGGACUAAGAAGAACAUUUUUAUUUUUAAUAUAUUUUUUAUUUUACAAAGCAAAAACUUAUACAUGAAAUACGCCACUAAAUUAUCCUAGAAUCAUUACAAUGAUUGAAAAAUAAAUGUGCAGUAUUUAAAGAAAA